AUUUCUUCUAUAACUGUAUUUUCUAAUUUGCAUUUCAGUAAUUACACGCCAAUACAAAUUUCAUAAACCAUAUGUUGAUUUUUCUAAGCAUCUCGUAUAACAAUAACAAGGUGUGUUUUAAUUUCCAGGAAAUUAAGAUAUGACAAGCAAAUCAAUUUAAUAAAUCUGAUAAAAUGUGAAAACCGAAAGUACUGGUGAGGAGGCCUCCGAAAUCUUCGGAGCGACCUCGUAGAGCAAGUCGGCGGCGGCGAACGCAUGUUCCCCAGACCAAGCUUCGGCGAGGCUCCAGAAGAAUGGCGGACCGCGACCCCUUGUCGGCUCCGGUCCCGACUUGGAUCAACGGUGUAGAAGCCAACGAGUAUGUUGGUGUCGGGGCUCGAUUUGGACCUACCCUGGAAUCAAAGGAAAAGCAUGCCAAUCAUACUAGAGUGGUUCUGACAGACCCCCCUGAUUGUUGUACCAAACCCAAGAAUAAGCUUGCACAUGAUGAGGUCAUUUUGGUACACCGAGGAAAUUGCAGUUUUACCACCAAGGCAAAUAUGGCUGAAUCUGCUAAUGCUUCAGCCAUCCUCAUCAUAAAUAACCGUCCAGAACUUUUCAAGAUGGUUUGUGAAGACGACGAGCCUGAUGUUGAGAUAGGCAUACCUGCUGUUAUGCUUCCCAACAAAAUUGGUGAAAUCUUGGAAAAUGGAUUAACGAACAAUUCCAUAGGUAUGCUUUUCCUUUUCUGUUCACAUAUACAACAAUUUAUUAGCCAUCACAAAACAUAA